AGGGAGACAAAGUGACAGCAGAGAGACUGCAGGAGAGAAAGAGAAAUAAACAGAGUGAAGGAGGGGAGGAGUAGGAGAAGAAGAAGGAGGAGGAGGAGGAGAGGAAGAAGAGAUCUCAGCCUUAUGGUGGAAAUCAGCACACAUCAGUCUCCUGCCUCCUCCAAGACACAGCCACACACCGCCUGUAAUAAAUGUCUGUCCUUCCUGCAGACCACCAGUGACAGCAAGCUCUGACUGCUCACCCAGUCUGCAACACCAGGAUCUUGUCACUGUUGCAAUUAAAGCUCAGAUUGAAGACUGAGCGUUUGCGUUCUAUUAUUAUUAUUAUCCCCCUUUCCCCUCCCCUCUAGCCCCCCCAUCUUUCUCCAGUGUGAGGAACUGGGGGAGUUUGCUUGAAGCUGUGGGCAGCUGGAGUUACUCAAUUAGUUUUGACUUCUCCUGGACGUGAAUCAUCUGGACUUACUGCAUUCCUCCUCUUUGCAACACUUUGGUUUCUUGAUUUUUUUUUCUUUCCACCCCUCCUUAUUUAUUUUAUUAUUUUAUUUUUUUCCCCCCCUUUGCAUCUCCACUUGAGCUGCACAGAAGACAGGAACUUUUAUUUGCAGAUACAAGCCUGUAGCGAAUGGUGGGAAUUUCAAGCCCCUUUCAGUAUCGCACUGAGAAGCGCACCACUAUGCCAGACUCACCUGUCGAUAUAAAGACACAAUCCCGGCUAACGCCUCCGACCAUGCCACCUCCUCCCACUACGCAAGGAGCUCCACGAACAAGCUCGUUCACACCCACAACAUUAACAAACGGCACAAGUCAUUCACCAACUGCACUAAAUGGGGCUCCAUCUCCGCCAAAUGGCUUUAGCAACGGCCCUUCCUCCUCUUCCUCGUCUUCACUGGCAAAUCAGCAGUUGCCGCCAGCCUGUGGUGCACGGCAGCUUAGUAAGUUGAAACGGUUCCUCACUACAUUACAGCAGUUUGGCAAUGACAUCUCACCUGAGAUCGGAGAGAGAGUGCGCACGCUCGUGCUUGGAUUGGUGAACUCUACAUUGACAAUUGAAGAAUUUCAUUCAAAACUACAAGAAGCUACAAAUUUCCCACUGCGACCCUUUGUCAUCCCAUUUUUGAAGGCCAAUCUGCCCCUGUUACAGCGGGAGCUUCUGCACUGCGCAAGGCUGGCCAAGCAGAACCCAGCCCAGUACCUCGCUCAGCAUGAGCAGCUGCUUCUGGAUGCCAGCACCACCUCACCUGUUGACUCCUCAGAGUUGCUUCUCGAUGUGAACGAAAACGGAAAGAGGAGAACUCCAGAUAGAACCAAAGAAAAUGGCUUUGACAGAGAGCCUUUGCACUCAGAGCAUCCAAGCAAGCGGCCGUGCACUAUAAGUCCUGGCCAGCGGUACAGUCCAAAUAAUGGCUUAUCUUACCAACCCAAUGGUCUGCCUCACCCUACCCCACCACCACCUCAACAUUAUCGUUUGGACGAUAUGGCCAUUGCCCACCACUACAGGGACUCGUAUAGACACCCCAACCACAGAGACCUCAGGGACAGAAACAGACCUAUGGGGUUACACGGAACGCGUCAGGAAGAAAUGAUUGACCAUAGAUUGACAGACAGAGAAUGGGCAGAAGAAUGGAAGCACCUUGAUCAUCUGUUGAACUGCAUAAUGGAUAUGGUAGAAAAAACGCGGCGAUCUCUCACUGUGCUACGACGGUGUCAGGAGGCUGACCGAGAGGAGCUUAAUUACUGGAUCAGGCGGUACAGUGAUGCAGAGGAUUUGAAAAAAGGUAGCAGCAGCAACAGCCAUUCUCGACAGCAAAGUCCUGUGAAUCCAGAUCCUGUCCCCAUAGAACCACAUCGAGAAUUCCUCCACAGGCCUGCUUCUGGAUACGUGCCAGAGGAAAUCUGGAAAAAAGCUGAGGAAGCGGUUAAUGAAGUAAAACGGCAAGCUAUGGCAGAGUUACAGAAGGCAGUGUCUGAAGCAGAAAGAAAAGCCCAUGAAAUGAUCACCACAGAACGAGCAAAAAUGGAACGGACUGUCGCAGAAGCAAAACGCCAGGCCGCAGAGGACGCACUUACUGUCAUCAAUCAACAGGAGGAUUCUAGCGAGAGCUGUUGGAAUUGUGGUCGGAAAGCCAGUGAAACCUGCAGUGGAUGCAACACUGCCCGUUACUGUGGGUCAUUUUGUCAGCACAAAGACUGGGAAAAACAUCACCAUAUUUGUGGACAGACUCUUCAAACCCAACAGCAGGGGGAGACACCAGCAGUAAGCUCCUCUGUCACACCCAGCAGUGGUGCUGGAAGCCCAAUUGACACACCACCAGCAGCUACUCCGCGAUCUUCUACCCCUGGUACUCCAUCGGCCAUAGAGACAGCUGCCCGCUAAAAAGCAAAACAAAACAAAAACUGAAUUGUUGAAUACUUUAAAGACACAAUGAAACUAAAUCCUCAUUCUCAGAUGUUCAAAGAUUUUAACUGAACUAUCAUAAAUCAAAACUACAAUUAGAGUGGACUUCUUUUAUCUUGAGGUAGCCGUAAAAUACAGAAGGCCAGUAACGGGUCACUAUGACUUCUAAUGGAAAACAAAGAUAUCUUUUUCUUUAGAAAACUAAAAGAGUACAAAGAAUAUAACAAAAAAUACAAAAAAACAAACAAAUGCUAGAUUUGACCUCCUCCCUGGUAUUUUUAAGUAGCUGGGAUUUUAAACUAGAUGACCUCAUUAACGAAUGCUUUAACGAACAGCAAACCAAGAGAUUGCUAAUUGCUGUUGAAAGCAAAAAUGCUAAUAAAAAAAAAUUCACAUUGUUUUUUAUAGCAAUGAUGGAAAAAAUGAAAGAAAACCCCUCAAGGGCAUGAGCAUUGCAUACAGCAGUAGACAUUUUAACAAGAAGAUGAAUGGCGUCCAUGGGUAACUGAACUUUAAAGACCCGCUAAAAAAAAUAAAAAUGUGCAGAUGUACAGCAGAUUGGAAGGAAACACAGAUGUUCAAUUUUUUUUUCUGUUUCUGAAAUAAAUUUAAUAAUAUCCAGGUCAACAGAAUGAAAAAUGAAAGAUGAUUUGCAGUGGGAUAAAUGACUACAGCAGCAAAAGGAAUUCAAAUAUAUAAUAUUGCCAUAAUGCAAAAAGAAAUGAACUCAUUCGACAGUUAAUUAGCAACCUGGCAGUCUCGACAUUUGCCCUAGCAAAUCUUUCGAUGUUUCUUCACUUUUGCAAGAUUCCACACAGGAAGACAAUCGGGUCUUUUCCAACUCAAUAGAUUUUUUUUUAUUAUUAUUAUUAUUAUUGGAAAAUAUUAAAAAAAUACAACACAAAUCAAAGAACAGUAAACACAGUGUCAGCAGCUCCAACCCUCUUUGAUUGUUUUCCAUCCUAUUCUUUUUGGAAAAGUUCAUGAAAAACAAACAAAAAAAAAUAGUAGUUCUCUUGGUGUUAAAAAAAACACUCAUGUCCUGUGAGUUUCCCAAUGGUGUUUUUCUUGUAAAUGUGUUGGACAAAUGUGAAAAUGCAUUGUAGUUUUAUCAUCGCCCACAUUUAAUCUCUUUAUUCUUAGCUGGUGACAAACCUGUAACUUUCUAUGCUGCUUUUAUAUCUGUAUAUGUUAGUGACAAUUCUCUAGUAGUACAAAA